AUGGUACCUCACAUACGGCAGGAUAGUCGUGCAAACGUCACCUCGUUCGGGUUAGGGUUGGGUAGACGCGACGCGGCAGCCGCUGUCGCGCUUGACCCCGAGCGACGACGACGCGGCCGCCUUUGGGUCAUUUCGGAACUAAUACAGACCACACUUGACUGGUUAUCUGCCAUUCCGGUCUCGCACAGUCUGCACCUUCGAGCCUGUAGAACACCUUGCUCAAAGAUGAAUGUGUCUGAUUCAGGUUGCUUCAAGACACCCGUAGAUAUGAUCCUACCCUCAAGAGCUUACGAUCUCGGUGUCUCGCUAAGAGUGCGCUUUCGCGAGCGAGGAGAUCUUACAGAUCUUGAGAAUGCUAUCAUGUUCUCGUACCUCUCCGUCGAGCUCACCGCCGAGGUGCACAUGAACAAACCUGAGCGGCUUUUUGAGCUCGGUGCUGCUCUGAGAGAUCGGUUUCGAUGUUACGGUUGGUUAGCCGACAUUGAUAGAGCCAUCAUAGCCAUGGAACGUGCUGUCGAGCUAUCACCAGAUGAACACCCACCUAAGCCUGGUAUACUCAGAGGGCUUGGUCUUAUUCUAAGCGAACGCUACCAGCGCACGAGGAGGGUUGAUGAUCUUGAGCUGUCUAUUGCAGCCGUUCAACGGGCGGUAGAGCUCACAGCUGAAGACGACUCACCAGAGAAGGCCUCGCGUCUGCAUGAUCUUGGAUGUUACCUCACCAUUCGCUUUCAACUACUCCUGGAGCUCGACGAUCUCGAACGGUCCAUCGCGGUUGGACGACAAGCCGUGGAACUUACACCGGAAGGUUACUUCGCGAAGACUGAGCGAUUGCACAGUCUUGCUGUUUCUCUAAGCUAUCGCUUUGAGCACCUUGGGGAACUUGACGAUCUCGAGCAGUCGAUCUCUAUCAUGCGCCAAGUCGUAGACCUUACGCCGGAAGAGCAUCCUUACAUGCUCACACGAUACAAGCAUCUCAGCACGUCUCUGAUCGAACGUUUUCGCCGACUCAGGGAGUGGGUCGACCUUGAGCAUGCAGUCCAAGUCAUGCGAAUUGCAAUAAGGCUCAUGCCUGAAGGGCAACCAAGAGAUGCUGCACAACUACAAACGCUCGGGGUGUCCUUGAUCACCCGCUUUCAGCGCUUCCGAGUGCCCGAAGAUCUCGAGGAAAGUCUCUCCGCCAUCCGAAGCGCGUUAGAGUUCACCGUUGGCGAUGAUCCCGAGAAGGCUGGACGAUUGAGCAGCCUUAGUCACGCUCUUCUCGGCCGCUUCUUGUACUUCGGGGAGCUCGACGAUCUCGAGCGGUCGGUUUCGACCGCACGACAGGCAGUAGAUCUCACGAUGGAAGAGCACCCCGACGGAGUUAAUCGCUUAUACAAUCUUGGGUGCGCGCUCGAAGCUAGACUUGAGCGAGAACCCAACAAGGCGAACUUCGAUGCUGCUCUUGAUUGUUACAUGAAAGGCACAUCGCGAACGGUCGGCGGUCCCGCCGGGCGCUGGCAAAUGGCAAUUCAGUUCGUGAAAUUUCUGACCAAAGAUCACGGCCGCAAGUACGGCUCUGCCGAACUACUGCUGCUUGCGCAUUCGCGUGUCAUGGAUAUCCUUCCUGAGAUCGUCUGGUUUGGGCACAGUAUCGGAAGACGAUACCAGGAGUGCGCGAAGAUCAGUCAUGUGGUCAGCGCUGCAGUAUGCACUGCCAUUCAAAACGAGGUGUUGCCACAAGCGAUUGAGUGGCUGGAGGCGGGCAGGGCUUUCAUAUGGUUUCAGCUGCUCUCGCUCAGAAUGCCUCUCGACGACUUGAAGGAGCAGCAUCCUGGGCUGGCCGAGAGUUUGGAAUCGGUUUCAAGGGCUCUACAACGCGCCGAGCACGCUUCGUUACAUUCGAGCGCGACUGAUAGCCCUGCCUUUGUCCACGACUCGAACCAGGAUGCCGCUGAUAAGAGACGGCAGCUCGUUAUACGCUACGAUCAGAAGUUGCGUGACAUUCGUCGCUGCCCGGGGUUCGAAGACUUUAUGCGCCCACCCAAAAUUCGCAAUUUAUUGCCCGCGCUCCAGCACACCGACGGAUCAGUGGUCUUCGUCAACGUCAAUACGUCAUCUUGCGAUGCCCUGGUACUCUUUUCAGAUAGCUCUAUGACGCGUAUCGAACUACCUCAACUUACGGAGAAGCGCGCGGUUCAGUUGCGGACUCUAUGGGUUCGCAACCUCGAACGGAGCGAUACUCGAAUGCGCAGGGCAAUGGCGCCGGAGAGUUUUGCUGCGCGCGGGGCCACGAGUGUCUUCGGUCAGAUCCUUGCGCGUCUAUGGACUUGGGUUGUGCAACCGAUCCUGGAACGCUUGAACGUCUUGAAACGAGAGGCGGACGAUCUACCCCACAUAACGUGGUGCCCUACGGGGCCGCUCACGCAACUUCCCCUUCAUGCCGCCGGCGUCUACAACGUUGAAGAAGGCCACAGGCUUCAUGCCUUCGACUUCGUUGUGUCAUCAUACACACCCUCUCUAUCUGUGCUUCUCCAAAACCAUCACGGAGCCUCUGGAAGACAUAUCGCGUCGCAGCCAAACCUCCUCAUGAUAGCUCAGCCGGACACCCCAGGCUUGAGCCCUCUUCCUGGCACGACGAAGGAAUGCGCGCGGGUCCGCGCCGCGCUUCCCCAUACGACCUGCACCCUCCUGCAGCACGACGAAGCUGUCGUGGCGCGCACUUUGCAGGUCAUGAACCAGUACCCUUGGGUACAUCUUGCGUGCCAUGGCAGGCAAGACACGACAGAUCUAACACAGAGCGCCUUCGCGCUCUACGACGGCCGAUUGACUCUCUCGGCGUUGAUGAAGACGGUCGCAGACAACGCAGAGCUCGCAUUCCUGUCGGCGUGUCAGACGGCCGUUGGUGACGAAAAGAUACCAGAGGAAUCAGCUCACCUGGCAGCUGGAAUGCUAGUGGCAGGGUUCAAGGGCGUCAUUGCGACAAUGUGGUCGAUCGGGGACGAAGACGCGCCUGUCGUGGCGGAGGCGUACUACAAGAAGCUGCUCGAGCUUCGGAGCUCGGGUGCGGUCAAGGCCGGGACGGGUGCGGCGUAUGCGUUACAUGAAGCGGUGAAGGUCUUGCGGGAGAAGGUCGGCGAAGAGAAGGUCGUCAAGUGGGCGCCUUUCGUGCACUUUGGCGUCUGA